AUUCUCUCACAUAUACACAUACACUGACAACCAUCCAUCAUGCACAGCAAAGAACAGAUCAGUCACGAUGAAUACCAGAAGUCGGCUGAUUGGCUGAUGUCUAAGACCAAGCACCGCCCCCAGGUGGCCAUCAUCUGCGGCUCCGGCCUGGGCAUGCUCGCUGACGCCCUGAAGUGUCAGGACUCCUUCGCCUAUGCCAAUAUCCCCGGCUUCCCGCAGAGCACAGUUCAAGGUCACGCGGGUCGGCUGGUGUUCGGGGAGCUGAAGGGGAAGACAUGUGUGUGCAUGCAGGGUCGCUUCCAUAUGUACGAAGGACAUUCCCUAUGCAAGACAACCUUUCCAGUGCGAGUCUUCAAGCUGCUGGGCGUGGAGACUUUGAUCGUAACAAACGCUGCGGGCUCAUUGGCUGACGGCUUGCGGCCCGGAGACAUCAUGGUCAUCAAGGACCACGUCAACUUCCCUGGACUGGUGGGCCUGAACCCGCUUUGCGGACCCAAUGAUGACAAAUUCGGGCCGCGCUUCCCGGCCAUGUCGGGCUGCUACGACAAAGGCCUGCGUUGCCUGGCGAGAGAGAUUGCAAAGGAGAUGGGGGUGGCCGGCCUCAUGCAGGAAGGCGUGUACGCUAUGGUGGGCGGACCCAAUUUUGAAUCCAUUGCAGAGGCCAGACUAUUGCAUCGGCUGGGCGUGGAUGCUGUAGGCAUGAGUACAGCUCCUGAGGUUGUCAUAGCCACUCACUGCGGGCUGAGAGUCUUUGGCCUCUCCCUUAUCACCAACAAGGUGGUGAAGAGCUACGAGGACACGGACAGCGUGGACCACCAGGGAGUCCUGGAGGUGGGUCGGCAGCGCUCGCACACUUUGCAACAAUUUGUGACUGAGCUCAUCUCCAGGAUGGACAUCAACAACAACAGCAGGAAUGCUCUCUGAGAAGAGUUUUCUUUUUUGUACAGAUGCAGUAUUUUAAAGCUAACUGUUUUUUAGGACAACCUUUAUGUAAUUUAAUAUUUAAUUUGCUGAUCUGGAAAAAUAUUUAUAUAAUAUCAUGACGGAGAUGCUGAAUAAGAGUGUAAGAAUUAAUCCAUGGUAUAUUGUUAUUGUAAACAUAAAUAUCUAUUUGAUUGUACGAUUUGUGAUUUGAUACAAAAUGUUGAAGUUGUAUGAUUAUAUUGUGUACAUAUUCCUGAUCUGCUUUCAUCUAAC